CGUCAAUCUUCACAAAAACUGAAAGAUUCGCGUUAUUUCCGGACACAUCGUUCCUUGUCACUAAACGCAUCGUCCCACAGCCUGACAUUACUCGACCAAAGACAUCACGACUGACUCUGGCAAUUAAACACAAGCCAUUGAAGUUGGUGGCCCUCUGAAGCCAUGGUGGAAUAUUACCAGAUUUUAGGGGUGCAGAGAAAUGCUUCUCCAGAUGACAUCAAAAAAGCUUACAGGAAACUAGCUCUCAGGUGGCAUCCAGAUAAGAACCCAGAUAAUAAGGAGGAGGCAGAAAAAAAAUUUAAAGAACUUUCAGAGGCUUAUGAAGUCCUUUCAGAUGCAAACAAGAGGAACUUGUAUGAUCGAUAUGGUAAAGAUGGAUUAAAUGCAGGCGGAGGAGGUGGAGGAACACACUUUAACGGUGACCACUUUGGAACAUUCACAUUCCGCAAUCCAGAGGAUGUAUUCAGGGAAUUUUUCGGUGGAAGAGAUCCAUUUGCAGACUUCUUUGGUGGAGAUCCAUUUGGCAAUGACUUUUUUGGUGGCGCUCGAAGGCACCAGAGGGGCAUGAGUAGGAGCCGAACAGGCGGGUCUUUCUUCGGGGGCUUUGGUGGAUUCCCACCUUUCGGGGGAGGAUUUUCAUCUUUUGACUCAGGUUUCACUCCAUUUGGCCAUAUGGGAGGAGGUGGCUUUACUUCGUUCUCCUCAACCUCAUUUGGUGGAGGGGGAGGCGGCGGUGGCGGCGGCGGCAUGGGUAGCUUCCGCUCUGUGUCAACAUCUACUAAAUUCAUCAACGGCAGGAAAGUCACUACGAAAAGAAUCAUUGAGAAUGGUCAGGAACGGAUAGAAGUGGAAGAAGACGGACAGUUAAAGUCUCUAACCAUAAAUGGAAAUGCCCAGGAUGUAAACAUGCUGGAUGGUCACAGACAGAGAAGGGAGCUCCCUAACUCUUCCUCCACCUCCUCACAUUCUUCAAGACAGUCAGCUCAAAGAGAGGAGCAAAAUAAAACGACAGGCAAAGAGCAAACUGGAUUCAAGAGGAAGAAAAUGACAGUAAAAGGAGAGACCAAAAAGGCCAAAGAAUCCUAAGAUUAUCUCUGCAUCUGAGCUAAUCUGUUACUGAUAUAUUUUAGCUGUAGAUAUUCAUGUUCACCUUAACCAAUCUACCAUUCUGUUUUGUUUUGUUGUUUGUUUUUAUUUUUAGAUGAUAUUUUGCUAAUAAUCAGUAAUUACUGCUCUGAAAAACUGUGACCUUAUUAGAAAAUAGCAACGAAUUUUCAUGCAGGUAUGUGCAACUUAGCAUUUUCAAUUUCAUUGUUUUGUUAUGACAGAAUCAGUGCUCAUUCGGUUAUAUGAAGCAGGCCUUAAAUUUACAGUAGUAUGAGCAAACUAUCCUUUAGUAAAAGUUAAGAGCGUAACACAUGCGGUAAAGGUUUUCUUGUAUUUGGUAUUGACCUUAAUGUUGUGCCCAAGCAAGUUAAUACUGAAAAAUAUAAGCCACACACUACCACAGUUCACCUGUAAAUGCAAGUCCUGUCAAUAAACUUGAUAACUUUUGCCACCUUUA